CCUCUAUGACCUCAUGCUGCAGUAGGUCAGAGCCCAAGGCAUAGGGCCUCACCUAACAGGGCAGCCUGGGGUUCCUGCAACAGCCACUGCUCUGUCCACCAUGAUGGUUAGCACUCCACACCUGCUAACACUGGAUGAAGCUGAUGCCACUUGGGCCCUCAUCAAGGAUAAGGUUAUCGAGAAACACUUUGGAUGCAAUGUAGUGGCAGUGCCUUUCUUGUCAGAUGCAGCCUUCUAUGACCUACUUGGUGUGCUAGUGAAACAGUACCGGCCAGCCCACACCCGCCUGGCUUUGCCAGGUCGGCAGGUCCGAAGAGCACUAGAACCAGUGGGACCACUACCAAACCUCCUAGAGCAAGCAGGAUCUGAGGGGAACUUUGCCCACUGCACUCGGGAAUACUCACCAAAUGGCCGAGCAGAGAUAACCUACGAAGAGAUACGACUGUUGGAUGGGCAGCCCUGUCGGAUCCGCCUACAUACAGGCGGCCUGCGUAAGAAGGUUGCUUUCCUGUUGCUGCCAUCAGGGCAGGUAAACCUACAGCAGAAUCUUCCCUGGCUCCGAAGCACUCAUAGCAUCUAUGUCAUCUACCAGGUCUUCUCUUGCUCCUGGCUGCAGCUGGAGCUGCUGCCUACAGCCAGUGAGCCCCAACUACUCCGGUUACAGCGGCCAUUGCCUAUUGCCUUCUCCUGCCUCAAAUUUUCACUGCAGCCCAAAGGUGUUCUGGGACCACAGAAACCUCUGACCAAAGACCCACUGCCCCGUGGGGCCAAAUGGGUCAGACCCAAUCUUAGCACCAUGCCAACUCUGGUUCCAUCAGCUCCUGCUGAUAUUCCCGAAGCUGCUGAUGGGCCCCCAUCUGUCCCAACCCCACCUACACCACCUCCCCAGGAAGGGCCAGAAAGCAAACCCACCAGAUUCGCCUACAAGGGCCGAAACCUAUUCCGCAGAGGUCCCCAGAUGUUAUCAGAGAACUGGCUCUUCGGCCCCCACAGCCCCCCACCAGGAGCUCAGGGUGGGGGCCCUGGGGACCCAGACCGGCACUCCAUGUCCCUGCCCCUGCUGCAGGGUCUGUCCUCAGAGUUCGACAGCGACGAAUGA